AUGUCGGCCAAAGGUGCUAAGGGUAAAGGAAAGUCGCGAGGGGGCGGUGGAAUGAACGCGCAAGGUCGGCGCUCACUCAGUCGCAACACGACGCCCGCAUCGGGUUCAGCGUUUUCUGGCGAUACUAUCAGCAGCGAAUUCCCGGUACCGUCUUCUACGUCUUUCUCGUCGCGCCGCACAUACGACGAUCUCUUUGAACGCCUCAAUCUCUCGGAGAACCCCAGCAUCCCGAACUCCGGAACGCUCGUCGCACUGCGUCAGGAGCUCGGCGUGCUCAAGGACUUUGCUACCGAGCGGUUGCAGAGCUCUAAGAAAGCGCUGUUUGCAAUGAAGGCUCGCCGUGAGGAACGUGCGGCGAGGGAGAAGGCAGAGUUGGCCGAGAGGGAGAGCGAGCGCAAGGCUGUCGAGGAUGCCGAGAAGAAAGAGAAGAUCAAGCUUAAGAAGCGCAAGGCAGAACCAGAGCAUAAGAGGCCGCUGGCGGUGGGCGCGCAUCAGGUGACUGGUCAAGGUCCCAAUGAUCGUGAGAAGAAGAAGAAGCUCAGCAGCAGCCCCGAGAUCAAACGAGACGACUCCGAAGAGUCGGAGGCCGAGCAUCAACCCACUCAGGCUGCGCCGUUUGUUGUCUUUGAACCUCUCGAUGACGAUCCGGCCAUAUACGAGAUUGCGACAGUUACUGACAAGACGCCAUAUGCGGAGAAGGCGAAAGCCUUUGCCGUCGCUCGCUUCCCCGAAGACGACCUCUCAAAGCUCAUCCCCGGCUACCCACCUGACGAAGACUUCUCAAAAGCCAAACCCACGAACCAGGUCGGAAUCACCACCUUCAACGCAUACAUCGAACCAUACUUCCGUCCGUUCUCUGAAGAGGAUCUGGCAUUCCUGCGUGAGCGUGGCGAUCGCCUUCAACCCUACAUCAUCCCGAAGCUCGGAAAGCACUACUCGGAGCAGUGGGCGGAGGAAGAUGGAGCAGGUCCUUCGUUUGCGUCUCCGGCGCCCCCGACGAAUAGCAGCUCCAAUAAGUCCGCCAACGCACCGCGUGGAAAGCCGGAAGAUCUCUCAGACGAGCAGUUCGACAAAGAGGAGGUCUCAUGUGGUCCUCUCCUUGCCCGUCUUCUCUCUCUAUAUAUACCUGAAGAGCCCGAGGACGACAGCGGCGACACCACGCCAGUGCCCAAGUCGUUUGCCGCUUCACUCCAUAAUAGUGGGGAAGUGAACUGGAAGAUUCCGACCGGCAAGUCAGACUAUUCCACGCUGGACGAGCGUGUCCGCCGCGAAAUGGUCUACGUCGGAUUGCUGGAUCCGAGUCAGGAACUAGACUACGACAACAGGCAGGACGACGAGGUUUCCGCGCGGCUGCGUCAACUGCAGAAGCAGCUGAAAGAACAGGCGAUUCUCAACGGUGCGCGCAAGACACGCAUCGCCGAGCAAUUGAAGGAGCAGCUCGCCUACCAGGAAUACGUCACCAUUCUCGAGGAUCUUGAUAAACAGGUCGAACAAGCGUUUGCUAAGCGCAGCCGCAAUAUGAAGGCCAGCAAGAAGAAGAAGAAUGUCCCCAACGGCGUCGGCGUGGCGCGCGCACACGUUGGAAUCGGCGAGCAGGCGCGUCUACUGAUGGAGCGGCGCAGGCGCUGGGUCGACACCAUCGGUCCCGUCUUCGACAAAGACCUCGGUGUCCUACCUGAGAGCACCAUAUUCGAGCGCAUGAAGGAACUCCUGGAAAAGGAGAAACUCGAGGCCGCCGAGGAGGAGUGA